AUGGUCACUGUGAACGACAAAACGUUGCAUAAACCCGGGACCGCUCCGAAAGGACAGCGGCGGCGGCUCAUCGGCCCUGAGCCCCCCUUCCCUGGCUCUGGCCCCCGCAGCAGCCCCGCGGCGGGCGGCGGCCCCAGGACCGGAGGGCGCUCCGCCCCAAGAGUGCGGCGCUCGGCCGCUCGAUUUUGUGAGGGACCCACGGGACUGGGGCAGGUGGGAGCCGCAGGAGGCGGUGACGGCCCGGGGCGAGGGAGCGCUAAGCCACCGCAGGCACCCCUCGGUCCUGUGCUGGUGUUCGUGCUCACGGAGCUGGCUGCGGAGGGGUCUGCACCGCUCCUGCUCCCGCUCAGCCCCUGCCGUCCCAAGUGCCGCUGUCCGGGGAGCGGCCCGGCCCUGCACAUCACCCGGGCUGCCCAGCGGGCCCGCGGGGAGGCAGAGCUCCGCCGGGACGCUCGGUCCCUGCGUUCCUGGCUGCUCGGUAGCGCGCAGAGCGGUGCGUGGCGGCUCCUCAGGGGCCGUGCCCGCUGUCGAGGCAAGCACCAGCACUCGGGAGAUGAUGGCCACCCCCUCCCCAGGCCGGCGGCACCGCACGGGAGGCCCGGCCGCUCCCGGCAGCGGCAGAGACCGGGCUGCUGCCGGCGAGACCGGCCCUGCCUUGGGCAGCCGCCCGACAGCGCCCGGCGAGCAGCCAGCCACGGCGGCCGGGCUCUCCCCGCGAUUUCCCUACGAGUUUACUUUCAAUGCAGUCUCUGUAAAAUACAGAAAACCAUCGUGAAAACAUCCUACAUCCCGGGCCACUGCCACCAGGGAGCAGAGCGGGGAGAAGGAGAGCAGAGCCUCGGUCGGGCCCAGGGAGCUCAUCCCGAAGGAGAGCAGGGCCCGGCCGGGCACAGGGAGCUCGGGGAGAAGGAGAGCAGAGCCUCGGUCGGGCCCAGGGAGCUCAUCCCGAAGGAGAGCAGGGCCCGGCCGGGCACAGGGAGCUCGGGCCGAAGGAGAGCAGAGCCCCGGCCGGGCACAGGGAGCUCGGGCCGAAGGAGAGCAGGCCCCGGCCGGCCACAGGGAGCUCGGCAGACGGACAGACCCCUGGCCUGGCAGCGAGAGUGGCCGCACGGCCCUGCCGGCCCGCUCCUCUUCCGAACGCGCAGCUCCCUGCUCAAUGGGCUCAAUCGGCCGCUGGUCAAGCACAGCGGGACCUGGGUGGAGACCUCCUAUUCCAGGAACUGGAACAGCCCCAGGGGCCGCACGUCCUUGCCCGGUCCCGGCCUGCCGCCUCCUCUCCCGUCACCUGGCACUGUCAGGUAUCGCUUCACUCAAAGCCUGCGAGUCCCAGCCGUUCCCGGGAAUGUGCCAGCGGUGCUUCAGCCUUUGCCUCAGGCCGAACGACGGCACAGCCCAGAAAGAAGCCCAGGGAGCGCCGCUGGGCCUGUGCGGGUGUCCGGGGAGGUGCUCCCACCCUCCCUUCGCCCCGUGCCCACCUCCGGUGGCGGGGGUUUCCCUUUUGGCCCCAACAUACCCCGGAGCAAAGUAGCGGUACUGGCAGUACCUAAUAAGGAACAAGUAGCCAAGGCCCUGAGCCCUCCGGAGCAAAGCUGCGAUCCCCGGUGCGCUGGCAACGGCCUUGAGUCCCGGCCGCGUCCCGUGUGCGCUGGCAUCCCCGCUUCGGCCUUCGGCCUCGCGUUAGAGCAGUGGCAGCCGCUCGGCCCGGCGGCACGGCCCUCUCGCCGUGACCCCGCUUCCCGCACCCCUGUCUGUCCGCCCGGAGCGGAGCCCCUCCGCCGCAUCAACGCUCGAAGCGCCCUCUCCGCCUGGGGAGCGGGGCCAGGGGGCACCGCAGGGCUCCGGGACGGCCCGGCGGGUUCCUCAGAGCCCCUCUGCCCUGGCCGUGCCCGCCGAGCGGCAGAGAGGCGCCCGGUCCCCGCGUCUCGCACUGCCUUCUGCGACCGGGCUGCAGGCUCCGCUUCCCGCCGUGCGGGCGAGCAGGCCCUGCAGAAAGGGAAAGCGUCAGGCAGCCGGGCAAGGGCGAGUGUCAGGCCCCUGGCUGCGGAGCGGAGCGCUCGGCCCCGUUACCGGGUUCACCCCCGGCAGCGCUGGCAGUGCGCGGCCCGGAAGGCGAACACCGCAUCCCCGCUGCUGCCGCGGCACCGCAGGCCUGGCCCGGGCCGGAGGCUGAGCGGGACCCGCUGCGAGCCGGGCCCGCACCGGGCAGGGGCCGCCCCGCCGGCCCCAUCUUCUGCUGACCCCCGGGCCCGGCAAGGGCCGCUGCCUGCGGGGCCGGGCAGGGUUAGAAGCGAGGCCCAGGCCGCCGCCGCAGCCACGGGCCCGGCGGGGAAAGAGAGCCGCCUGCGGCUCCCGCUCCGGGCCCGCUGGGGGCUCGGGCCCCGUCACAGCGUGGCCGGGACAGGCUUGGGGAGGAACGGGACCGUUCUUUUCCUCCCAGGACCGCGGCUGCGAGCAAGCGAGGAAGAAAUGAAAGCGAAGCAUGGUCCGGCACAGCCCAGGCACAACCCCGAGGCCUCCGCCGCCCCGGGCCGGGCACACGGGCGAGGUGCCGCGGCUGCCCGCGGCCCGGAGCGGAGGCACUCCGGGCCCGCCCGCCCCGCACACCGCGGAACCAACGCAACGCUCCCCGCACCUUGUCGGCCGCCGCCGAGACAGCCCCGGGGCCUGGCGGAGAUGAUGGAGCGCCCAGCACGGGUGCCGCAGCCGAUCCCCGUGUGCCGCAGCGGGGAGCGGUGCCCGCCGCCCGGAGCGGCCCCGGCACACAGCGCCCGCCCCGCUCCCGCUGCCGCUUCCCGAUCCCGAGCGCGGAGGAGCGAGUGA